AUGGCUAGGACUCGAGCGUCAGCUUCUACUGGACGAGGGGAGCUAGCCCUCGAGAUUGCCACUAAGACCCAGGCUCGAGGUAUAGAUAGAGGCAGACUUUGUAGACCGGCGAGAGAGUGGUGGAGGACAUAUUUUGGGUCUCUACCAGUUGGAUCUCCUCUAGUGACUUGGGAAACGUUCACCAGUGCUUUUAAUGAUCGUUUCAUCCUUUGGAGUGUGAGGGAGGAGAGUCGCAUCAGGUUUGAGAGCAUGAAGCAGGAUGUGAUGUCCAUUUCUGAGUAUGAGGUUCGGUUUUAUCAGCUAGCCAGACAUGCCACCGCUAUCAUCCCCGAUAAGACCGAGAGGGAUCACCGUUUUUUAUCUAUUCCGAGAUUGUGUUUUGGGUGUGGAUCUCCGGACCAUAUGGUUCGACAAUGCUCCAUGCAGACUCAUUUUGAUUCACACCGUACUCACAUAGCAGAUCCAGUCAGGGGUCUGGGGCCACUAGCCAUAGGUUCAGCCCUACCGACUCGGGGUCAUGGUAGGGGUCAGUUCGAUAAAGGUGGUCAUACCAGAUAUAGACUCGAGGCUAAGGCUUCAGUCAUCACAUGUAUUAUUCUGGUUUGUCAUUGCCCUACAUCUGUGUUAUUUGAUCCUGGCUCCACUUAUUCAUAUAUUUCUGCAUAUUUCUCUUCUGGCAUUGACUUGUUAUGUGAUUGUAUGUCUGUGCCCGUGGGUUGUUUGGCCUAUUUGGCAUUUAUUCAUGACACUAAUCUUGAGCCGCCUUCUAUGGAAUAUAUUCCUGUGGUUCGAGAUUAUAUGGAUGUAUUUCCUACUGAUCUUCCAGGGGUUCUACCUGACAAGGAUAUUGACUUUGCUAUUGACCUUGAGCCAAGCACCAAGCUCAUUUCUAUUUCUCCUUAUCAUAUGGCUCUAGCUGAAUUGAAGACUGAGGCAGAUCAUGUGCAAUACUUGAGGAUUGUGCUCGAGAGGCUUAGGGAGAAGAAGCUUUAUACCAAGUUCUCCAAGUGUGAGUUUUGUUUGAGCUCGGUGGCGUUCUUAGGGCAUGUGGUGUCCGACGAGGGCAUUAGAGUUGAUCCGGCUAAGAUUGAGGUAUUAUCGCCGUUUCAGGGCUUCUCUACGAUAGCAGCUCCAUUGACCAAGCUCACUCAGAAGAAUGUGGUAUUUCAUUGGUUGGAUGAGUGUGAGGAGAGCUUCCAAAAGCUUAAGAUUCGAGAGAGGCAGUUUGAGGAUGAGAAGUUAUGCCUUAUUAGAGACAAGGUGACGAUAGGUGAAGCUAAGAAAACACGGUUUGAUUCUGAGGAUGUUUUGAGGAUUGGGAGUCGCAUUUGUGUGCCCAAGGGUAGGUUGUUGACAGCUCAGAGUCGCCAGAAGAUCUAUGUUGAUAGGUGGGUUCGACCUUUGGUGUUCAUGAUUGGUGACCAGCUGAGAAAUGAUAUGAGUGAGAUAUUAGAUAUUGGGACUGAGAUUUCUACCGGUCGAGGUAAUUUGUUGAAGUUUUUUCCAGUGACCAAGGUUUUUUUCAGAGGAUAUUAUAGUCGAGGUCUCUCCCGACAGAUAUUGGCUGAGAUCUUUUUCGAGGAUGUUAUAGAAGAGGUCUCUUCCGGCGAAUACAUGAUCUAUAGGUCUUUAAUGGAGGACCAACAACUCAAGACUCUAAUUGUAGAAUCAAUGAAAAAAGUAAAGGAUUCAGUCGCCAAGGAUCUCGCUGAUAUGUGA